GCAGUGAAAGUCUCGGUGGACAUGCAGUGACAACAUCAUUGAACAGCUAGGAUACCUGUAGCUAAUUUGGGCUUCGUAUAGCUAUUCUUACAUGCUCACCACCUACUGAUUGAAUACUUUUAAAAAUACAUUAAAAUCGACUUUAAUGUUGACACUCUUCAUAGAAAACUCCACUCUCAGAAUUUCAGGAUUCAGCAACUGUCAUCGUUUGCUCUUGAUAUCAAGUUUUUAACAGAAGAGCAAACGAAGCCAGGUGAUCUGACUGAACACGGAAAAGGAGUCUCCCGCAAACUCUCGGUGAAGAAGACUGUUUAAACAUGACGGAUCUUCUGGUUCCCGAGCUCGAGAUAGACGUAGAGAGCCUGGAAACAGAAAGCGAUGACCAGGCAGAAUUUGGUGUAGGUCUGUCCGGAGCUGGAGACGACGAACCUGGAUGCAAGCACGACGAGAGGUCGGAUCAGCACUCCCAGAGAUCGGGAGAUCAGAGAAAGCUCAGCCGAACCCCGAAGUGUGCCCGCUGCAGGAAUCACGGAGUGGUUUCGUGCCUUAAAGGGCACAAGAGGUUUUGUAGAUGGAGAGAUUGUCAGUGUGCCAACUGUCUGCUGGUGGUGGAGAGGCAGAGAGUGAUGGCAGCUCAAGUGGCACUCAGGAGGCAGCAGGCGACAGAGGAUAAGAAAGGACUUUCAGGGAAACAGAUGACCGCUGAGCGCAGGGCAGUCUACCAAAGACAUCUCAGACCCCCCAGUAUGUUGGCAAAAAGUAUCCUGGAAGGUUACCGUCCAGUACAGACAGACCACUAUCUUGGAGGAAACACAUUGCUUCCUCCCCCUCUCAGUGACAGAAUGAGGAAGAGGAGGGCUUUUGCAGACAAGGAGCUCGAGACCAUCAUGUUAGAGAGAGAAUACAAAGAGCGCGAUCUGCUGGAGUCCACUCAGGCUGCUGCUGCUGCUUCUCUGUUUCUGCCCACUGGUAUGGUCCAUGCAGCUGAAUACAACUCCUAUAAGACUGCCUUCUCUGCUGGCCAAGUGGAGGCACCAGCCAAGGAGGUCUACAACUUUCUACCGACUUGCCUCGACCUGUCAAUGCAGUACACUGGAUCUGGAAACAUGGAACUGAUUUCCUCAAACGUCAGCGUGGCUGCCACUUACAGACAGUAUCCCCUUUCACCACGGUUCAUGAUGUGGCCGAAGUGUAGCAACAUCAACGAUGCUCUUCUUUACCAGCAGUGCCUUCUGAAUGCGUCGGCAGUCCAGAAUAUUAAACCAGGUGCAACUUGGGAUCCAAAAAUCAUGCCGAUGUCAGACAGCCAUUCUCCAGAUCAGGAAUUGACGUCUGCGAAAUUGGAAAGCUCACGUGUUGUCCACGAAGCCUCUGAUCUUCAGCAAGCCCAGCCAGAAACUCAGUGCACCUCUCAAGGACCCCAGGAGAGAUCAGCCUUUUCUCCACCCAAGAAAAGUUUUGCUCAGACAUUUACCAACAGCUCCUCACCUCCUAAUCAAGAGCACGUCUUGAGCAGGCUCAGUAAGGACAGUGCCAAGCAUGCCGUCUCGAUGAAAUUAAACUCAUUCCACUCACUGAUCCAGCAGACACUCGGUGAGAAGUCGGCCCCUGACCUGAAAGCGCCAUACUGCAAGGAGCUUUUUGAGGAGGCUGCCAGAAAAUACAGAGAGUGUGCACUCAAAGAAAACCAGAGCCUCAUGGACAGUUAUGCAAAAGACUUAUUGAUAUCCACGCAAGCUGGGACAAAGCUUUCAUCCAACGAGUCUUUAUCAUUUUCUGUUGAGUCUAUUCUUAAAAGGCCUUCACCCACAGUAAAUCGUGCAUCUCAUUAAAUUGUGAUGUGUCUGGUCUUUGCGAUUUUUAUUUUUACUCCUGUUGUAUAUAAAUUAUUGUCUUUGUAAACACAUAGCUGUACAUCAGUUUGAAAAAUGUUUGCUACUUCAAGUAUCAUUUAUUGGAUUUUGUUUUCACAUAAAAAUAAAAAAAAAGCAAACAAUACAAAAUCUCAAAAACAAGACCCCAAGUGUGAUUGUUGACCUAUAUUUAUACUUGAAUUGCAAGUUAUUUAACCUUUAAAAUGCCCAAAGAAUUUUCAGUUUUAAUGAACUUUGUGAUGUAAAUGUUUUAUAUCGUGUAAAUAAGUAAGCAUGUUUCAUAUAGUUUUUGACAUAAUGAAUAUAUAUAUAUUUAUGUGUUUUAUGACUGAAAUUGGUAAUGAAGAA